AUUAAGACUGUGCUUUACGUACAGGGCUGACAUGCCACUCUCGCUACUGAAAGGUUUCAUCAAGGAUCUUUCUCUGCUCCUCUUUCCUUCCGCCGUCUUCGCUAGUCUCUCCUUCAACUUCAAAUCGUCAAUUUUCUUAUGUUUCUUUUCUGCUUAUUGGGUUGCGACAGACGCGUCUGCCCGUCCCGUCUAAGCUACCAUGAAUUCCUCGACGGAUAGGUACGAGUAUAGUACCCUGGAGGUGGACACGGAGGCGCAAAAUCGAAAUCUCGAAGAAUCGGCACGCGCCGCGCAGGCACCGGAGGUCAACCAAAAUGCGACCGAACAUUUAAACUACCCCGAAGUCGUUGCCGGCGGCGCUCCUAAAGCUGAUAUAGAUAACACCCUCCCAGAACCCGUCCAAACACCGGAGAAAGAGGUAGCAGGUGCAGGAGCAGUAGCAACAGCAGCACCACCUAAAAUAUGUGGCAUACAACGAAAGUUUUUCUGGGCUUUACUUGGGGCUGUGGCGAUGCUUAUAGCAAUCGUGGUGGGUGUGACUGCAGGAGUGGUAGCGAGUAGGAAGAGCACCAGUUCCGAGUCAGCCAGUAGUGAUGAUUCAGCAGAUUCGACAUCCAAUGCCACUAGUCUUUACGCGAAUACCAACCUAGCGACCGCGAACUUUACGGAUGGCCUUGGAAAUGAAAAUUAUCUGGUGGUCUACCAAUUAAAUAACAAAGCGAUAUAUAUGUCAGCAUGGAAUUCGUCGCGGAAGAGUUGGGUGGUCUCCCCCAUAGUGGACGGCAAGACAAAUAACCUGGGCUUCGACAGCGUGAGGAAAGGCACCGCAUUGUCGCUUGAUGUCUUCGCAUAUAGCGAUUCCUCCCGCGAUCUCCAUGUCUACUGGCAACUCCCAGAUAGCGGCGGCCUUGCGACAAUAAAGGCGCUCACAUAUAACGCCGCUAAGGGUGUCUCCACGCAAUCUACCUUACCAGCCGCAAAUUGGGUAGACUCGGCCGCAGGAAACAGCUACAUCUCCACGGCCGGGUCUUCACUCGUGUCAUACGGGAAGCAGUGCGACCUAUGCAACCAGUACACGUACCUGUACUGGCAAACCACGAACGGAAUAAGAGAAGCCAGCUACCAGAACGCCAGCAGCGGGUGGUACAGCGACAACAGCGUGAUCCAAGUCUCCACAGCCUCCCCAUCUGAAAACAGCUCGCUAGCGCAGGCGUACGUAGCAGCAGCGACAACCGACGGCCACCGCAGCAUGAACAUCUUCUACCGCGCGACCACCAGCGCGCUAACGCAGAUCGUAAACGGCGACGGGCGGUACGUAGGGGCGUAUCUAGGACGGGACAUCGGGCCAAAGACGAACAUCGCGGCGUUCUCGACCGGCUUCAACGAGACGAGCUCGAAUAUCACGGAUAAACUCGGCUUCCAGGUCCUCACUAUGGACCCUGCGGCUAGCAACGGCGUUCAGCUUACUUAUUACAAGGGCAGUAGUUGGACUGCGUCGAGCACCCAGGUCGAGGCGCUGUCGGAUUGUAGGGAGCGCGGGACUAUGGUUGCGAAUCAUGCGCGGAGAGUGUAUUGCCUGGUUUCGAAUGGGACGGGUGUGGAGAUUGUGGAGUAUGCGUGGUUGGGCGACCCGGAUGAUACGUCGACGUAUUCGAAUUAUACCAGGAUUGGGACUGUGGAUAUUACUGCAUCAUAAUAGGUACCUACUUAGAUGGGUGGGUUUGGGGGGAGAAAAAGAAAGAGAA